UGAUUAAUGUCUCCUCACUGGCCCAUUCCAUGGGAAAGAUCCACUUUGAGGACCUGAACAGUGAGAAAGGCUAUCAUCCUGUGAAGGCCUACGUACAGAGCAAACUGCCCAACAUACUUUUCACGCGAGAACUCGCCACGAGAGUGGAAGAGAUGAGAGUGAGUGUUUAUGCUGUGGAUCCAGGCCUAGUAAAGACAGACAUCAUCAGGCAUUUGAAGAAGUCUCUGCAGUUGUUUGUAAAGACACGUGGUUUCCUGAUACAAACCCCUGCAGAGGGCGCAUAUAACACCCUAUACUGUGCCCUCACCCCUGACCUGCCCACUGGAAUCUACUACAGGACGCUAGAGCAGACCACUACUGCCUGCUGAGGGAAACCGGCAAGUAUUGGUACAAUGCACUCAAUAAGAAAUGUCUUCUGUGGUCAGUGGAGCUCUUCUGUACGUCUUGAUGACAAAACAGUCAUAAUCACAGGAGCUAAUACAGGCAUUGGCAAAGAGACAGUGAGAGACCUUGCAAAAAGAGGGGCUCGAGUCAUCAUGGCCUGUCGAGACCUGGAAAAAGCAGAGGAAGCCAGAAAAGAAUUAAUGGAGGAUUCCAGAAACCAAAACAUUGUGGCGAACAAACUUGAUUUAUCAGAUACCAAAUCCAUCAGAGCAUUUGCAGAACUCAUAAACAAGGAGGAAAAGCAAGUCAACAUCCUGAUCAACAACGCUGGAAUCAUGAUGUGUCCAUAUUCAAAAACUGCAGAUGGCUUUGAGAUGCAGUUUGGUGUAAACCAUUUAGGUCAUUUUCUGCUCACCUACCUUCUGCUUGACCUCCUAAAGAAAUCAGCCCCCUCCAGGAUCAUCAACGUGGCUUCUGUGGCCCAUACAUGGGGCAGCAUCCAUCUGGAUGACAUAAACAGCGAGAAGGGUUACUCUCCGCGGAGGGCUUACGGCCAGAGCAAACUAGCUAACAUCCUCUGCACACGCUCCUUGGCUAAAAGACUGCAGGGCAGUGGUGUGACUGUGUACUCCCUCCACCCCGGUGUGGUGCAGUCAGAGCUCUUUAGGAACCUCAGCAAGCCUGUGCAGAUAGCAGUCAAGGUCUUUAGCCCCUUCACCAAGACCACCAUUCAGGGGGCGCAGACCACCAUCUACUGUGCCGUGGAGCCCAAGCUGGACAACGAGAGUGGAGGAUAUUACAGUGACUGUGCUCCAGCGCUGUGUUCAAGAGAAGCUUUAGAUGAUGAAAUGGCUCAGAAACUCUGGGAGCUCAGCUGUCAGAUGCUUGGCAUUACAUGGGACUGAUGGAGCGCAUCUCACAGUGACAGUUAUAAGAACGGAAUGAAAGCUUUUGGACUUAUUCCAUAGAUAAUGGAAACUGUAGUAUGCAUGACUGAAUCAGCACUAUAUGUUUUAUAUUGUACAUUGAAUACUCUUUUUUUUAAUACCCUUGGCUUUGCUGUUAUUAUUUCAUUAGACAUAAUGAACUUUUAUGAAUUCAAAUGUAUUUUGGUCUAUUAAAUUCUUUUAUCUUAUAAA